AUGGCCGUCCCCAUCACAGUGUUGGACUGUGAUCUCCUGUUGUAUGGCCGGGGUCACCGGACUUUGGACCGCUUUAAGCUCGAUGACGUGACCGAUGAAGACUUGAUGUCCAUGUAUGGGUUUCCUCGACAGUUCAUUUAUUACCUGGUGGAGCUCUUGGGGCCAAGUCUUUCCCGACCUACUCAGCGGUCCAGGGCCAUCAGCCCAGAGACACAGAUCCUUGCAGCACUGGGCUUUUACACCUCAGGCUCCUUCCAGACACGGAUGGGAGAUGCUAUUGGAAUCAGCCAGGCAUCUAUGAGUCGUUGUGUUGCCAAUGUCACCGAAGCACUUAUGGAAAGAGCCUCCCAGUUCAUUCGCUUUCCAGCUGAUGAAGCCUCUAUGCAGGCUCUGAAGGAUGAAUUCUAUGGGUUGGCAGGGAUGCCAGGGGUGGUGGGGGUGGUUGACUGUAUCCACGUGGCAAUUAAGGCACCAAAUGCUGAAGAUCUCUCCUAUGUGAACCGCAAAGGUCUGCAUUCUCUAAACUGCUUGAUGGUGUGUGACAUCAGAGGGACGCUAAUGACCGUGGAGACAAACUGGCCUGGCAGCCUACAGGACUGUGCUGUGCUGCAGCAGUCCUCCCUAAGUAGUCAGUUUGAAGCUGGAAUGCUCAAGAAUAAUUGGCUCCUUGGUGACAGUUCCUUCUUCCUCCGCACCUGGCUCAUGACCCCACUUCCCCUCCCGAAAACCCCCGCGGAAGAUCGCUACAACCUGGCGCACUCUGCGACCCACAGUGUGAUGGAGAAGACUCUGCAGACGCUCUGCUCCCGCUUCCGCUGCCUGGACGGGUCCAAGGGGGCGCUGCAGUACUCUCCGGAGAAGUCAAGCCACAUCAUCACGGCCUGCUGUGUCCUGCACAACAUCUCCCUGGAACACAGCAUGGACGUCUGGUCCUCCCCACUGGCAGGGCCCGUGCAGCAGUCCCCGGAGGAGGAGUAUGAGCCCAUGGAGUCCCUGGACCACGAGGCCGACCGUAGCCGCCAGGAGCUGGUGCUGGCGCAUUUUAGCUGAUGGGGAGACUGUUUACAGGGGCCACUGUGACAAGCUUUCCUGUGCUCUGCCACCUCCAUCCACGGUUCUGUCAGCUGUUGGCUGCCGUGCGUGCAGAGGCUUGUCACGAAUCCACACUGCAUCUGUGUCUUAGAAGGGCUGGGGCUGUGCCAGGAUGUCGUGAUUCCAGCCAGGUGGUGGCGCAUGCCUGUGAUCCCUGAAUGUGGGAGGCUGAGGCAGGAGGAUGACUGAGUUCAAGGGCAGCCUGGGCUACACAGCAAGACCCUGUCUCAACAAAAACCCCAAAAAGUAAAAUUAGAGAAUAUAUUGAUUCUUUGCAAAUGAGUGAACUAAACCAAAACCAAGGUAGUGGUUCUCUGCUACCUGAUGAACUCCAGGUCAAGGUCUGUGAACACAGUUGGGCAUAAAAGUCACAGAAAAGGGGAAAACAACACUUAGACAAAACCUUUUUUUAGUUUUGAUGAUCUGGAAAUUACAAAUGAAAAUAGUAUUAGUACUGAAUUAUUUGGGUGGUAGUUUGAUUUUUCUGCUUUGCUGACUAUACAAACAAAGAGCUAAUUUAGUUGGGGAAUGGUCUUCUGAUUAAGUAAAUGGCUACUGUUCCAAGUU